UGCGUGUCCCUUCUUUCAGCACCCAAGAUUCACUUUACGCAGUGAUUCGUCGCGUACAUUUUUGAUCCGAGUUCCUCGAGCUGUAGCAGUCGCUUUAUAUGGCGAUAAAGUUAAACCCGGACGAUCGACUUGGCCAACACAAUCAUGGAUGUGGAAACUUGAUCAAUACCCCGAGCGAGCGACAGGAGCAACGCCCCAUUGGGCCCGUGCGCAUGAUGGAUCCUUUAGGAGCGACAUAUAAGACGGUCCUCAAUUACUAAAGCCAAAGAACCACCGCUGUUGUUGCACUCAUCAUCGCACUAAGUCUACCCCAAAUAUGGCCCUCACACAAUUUAUUUACGAUCCAUUCACUGAAUUUGAUCGUCUUUUCGACGAUGCAUUUAGUUCACGCUUCCGCCCGGACCGCCCCGACUCCGACGAGUCUCGCCCCACGACAAUCCGCCCAAAGAUGGACCUCAUUGCGAAACCAGAUAACCAGGUUGUGGCGAGGUUCGAACUCCCCGGUAUGAAUCAGCAGAACGUCAAGGUUGAAGUGCACAAUGACCGCCUGACCAUCUCGGGCGAGAAGAAAAGCGAGGCUGGCGAGGGUCAGUUUGCAGUGCGUGAGCGCUCUUAUGGAAGCUUUGCUCGAACCCUGCAGCUCCCGGAAGGAACUAAGCCUGAACAAGUCCAGGCGCGUAUGCAGGAUGGCAUCCUGGAGGUCACCUUCCCGAAGGCACCUCCGGAGCAGGAGACGAAAGCAAUCACUAUCGAGGCACCCACCGAGUCUACCAAGCAGACAGGUACGAAGAAAUGAAUCCAAUUGAGUCUGGAGAUCUAGUCAUGUAAUUUUAGCUUUCUCUACAUGGUUCCGUGUUUAUUCUGUCGCUUUCAAUAUAUAUCUGUAUCGUUAGUAGUUUCUUACUUUCUUACAAGUAGGAACGAAUGUGUACGUAGUAAUGCGCAACUUAUUGACCUGGCUUAGCUUAUUUUC